AUUGUAAAAUCAUGCGUCUGUGUGCAGGUCUUGAUCGCCCUCAACAGGGCCCAGCCUAAUUCAGGAUGGUGUAUGUUGGGGCGCAGCUGGGCGUAUCAGUGCUAGUCUUGUUCUGCACUAUGGCUCCGUCUCCUGGCCAGGCAUAUAUAUAUGCUCAUUACAGUAACAUGACCUCCAUGCUGUUUGAGGAUCUGCCUGCUCUCUUCGGCCAUACUCUGCCAAAAGACGGACUCAUGGGUGUGCUGGUUGAAGCUCAUCCUCAGAAUGCUUGCACACCUAUAGAUCCUCCUCCAGUUUCUCCCACACCCUCCGAUCCCAACAGCACUACAAAAUACAUUGUCCUUAUCCGACGCUAUGACUGUAACUUUGAUAUCAAGGUGCUCCAUGCACAGCAGGCCGGUUUCAGUGCAGCCAUAGUUCACAACAUGUUCUCUAAUUCACUUCUAAGUAUGGGAUACAGCAAUGACACCAUUGCGGAGGAGAUCGAGAUUCCUUCUGUGUUCACAAGCUACUAUGCCUCCCAGAUACUGCUCAAAUUCAUCAUACCAGAGAAAGGGGCUUAUGUGAUUCUAAAGCCUGAGUUUUCCUUCCCUCUGACCUACUAUCUCAUCCCCUUCACUGGAGUUGUUGGCAUGAUCAUCAUUGUCAUGGUCAUCAUACUGAUUGUGCGGUGCGUGCAGCACAGGAAGAGACUUCGGAAAAACAGACUCUCCAAAGAACAGCUGAAAAAAAUCCCCACUCACAAGUUUGUUAAAGGUGAUAAUUAUGAUGUGUGUGCGAUCUGCCUUGAUGAAUAUGAAGAGGGAGAUAAGCUGAGAGUGCUGCCCUGUUCCCAUGCUUACCACUGCAGAUGUGUGGACCCCUGGCUCACCCAAACUAAGAAAACCUGCCCAGUGUGCAAGCAACGCGUGACCCGUCCCAACCCAGAAUACUCAGAUUCUUCAGAUUCCGACGGAGAGUCGGUGCCACAUGAGGCUGAAGAAGAAGGAGUGACCAGCGAGGCUGAUUCAGAGCGCACACCUCUCCUUCGGCCCUCCAACCCCUCGUCCCCCGCCUCCUCCAGCCCGCCUCCCACCUACGCCUCCACAGUAACGUCAGAGGCAGUCAUCGCUACAGUAACAACCUCCGCACAAUGCUUGCCGCAUGCACCCCAGCCUGACGUGCCCCUGCUGGGAUACGAUGAGUACUACUCACCCGUAGAGGACUCUGAUGAAGGUACUGAUGAGGAGGAGGGUCACCCCUCAGAUAGCGAUACCGCAGAGCUCAUCGGACGGGGCGCUGUGCGAGUCUGAGGGGUCGAUUAAAAACAGCUUCUGUUGUAUAUCACAGAGCUCAUAUUUAGCGCGCCCCAGUCUCGCUGAGAUAUGCAUCCCCAUUGCUAGUGCAAUCAACACUACACAGCAAUUUUUCUUUUUGACAGUAAAAAUAGAAGUUUUAAAAGUAACUUUUUUUGUUAAGUGAAUGUAACGAUUUCUUAACAAAAUAGUCCAUCCAUAAAUAAAUAAAUGAAUUAGAACAGAUCAUUUACUCACCCUCAUGUCAUUGCAAGCAAGUGUUAAGUAAGUGUUUUCUUUUACCAUAUUUACCACUUUUACCAUAUUCUGAUGUGGCCAUGUAUGUGUUUAUUCAAAUUAAUAUGCAAAUAAAAUCCUAAAUUGAAUCAGUUCGUUAUAUAAAGUGACUUAAAGACUAAACCGAUCAAGAUUUCAUUUGGAUUCCUUUUAUGACAAUUUUAAGCCCGUUUUGAAACUUGUAAAAGUUUUGGUCUGUAGACAAUCAAUUGUGGAACAGAAAUCUGUCAAGUUUCAUUAAAAAUAUCUUCAUUUGUGUUUUGAAGAUAAAUGAAAGGUUUAUGGGUUUAGAAUGACAUGAUACUGAGUAAAUGAGAAUAAUUUUGAUUUUUAGUUGAAGUAUCCCUUUAAAAUUCUGCUUUGUUCCUUGCAUAAAGCUGUCAUAUGACUUCAAGAGAUGUAGAAUAUAGCACAUUAAUCACGUGGAUUAAUUUAAUGGUGAUUGAUUGUCAAUUUGGGAGCUUGGUCAGCUUCCUUAUUCUACUAAAUUUCUCCAUUUGUGUUUUACUAAGAAAAAAGCCCCACAAAAUGAUGAGUAAAUAGUGACAGAAUUCUCAAUUUUGGGUGGACUAUUUCUUGCUGUCACUAUUUAUGUGCAAUAAGGACAGGUUGCCAGUUUGUAAAUUAGUCUUUUUAUUUUGUUUGUACAUACAGAGGCCACACAAACAAUAUUGCAGAGUUCUGAAUUAGCAUUUUUGAAAACUAACUUGCUUUAUUUUUUAGUAAACACCUUCAUAAAUCAACCUGUUUAACCGAUCAAAAAAUACCAUUCUACAGGAUUUCUUUAGGUUACUACAAC